GUGAAGCAUGGCAGAGGCAGUAUGAAAAUUAAAUUGAAAUUAUUUGUGAUUGUGGAAACAAGAUUAAUUAAACACAGUGUCUAUUGGGAGGUUCUUGGUUUAAGAUUUUCUCAUGUACAAACUUUUAAAUGUUUGGCCUCCAUUUCAGGAUGGGGUGGGGGAAAACACUGCAUUAGCUCAUUAUGUGGCCUCUGCAGUCCCAGGAGAAGGAGCAGAUGAUGGUGAUAGUGGGAAUGAAAGCAGGAGUGGAAGUGAAGAAACCAACAUCUGCGAAAAAUGCUGUGCAGAAUUCUUCAAGUGGACAGACUUUCUGGAGCACAAGAAGAAUUGCACUAAAAACCCACUGGUGUUGAUUGUGAAUGAAGAUGAAGCAGCACCACCUGCCUCUGAAGAAUUCCCCGAACCCUCGCCUGCUAGUUCUCCUAGUGAUCAGGCAGAGAGUGAGGCUGCUGAAGAAAGUGUUCAACCAGAGAACAACGAUAGCUGUGAGAUAAAAGAUACUGAAAAGGAAGAAGAGCCGAUGGAGGUUGAAACUUCUGUGGAAAAGAGUUUCCAGAAUCAAGGCACCUCAAACACAGCUACUCCUCUACCUCAGAUUGCUGAAUCAUCUUCCAUGACAAAUUAUAACAUGCCAAACACUAAUGUUACAUUAGAGACUCUGUUGAGUACUAAAGUGGCAGUUGCACAGUUUUCACAGAGCGCAAGGUCUGCGGCUUCUGCCAACACAAACAGUGGGGUUACCGCAAUGGCCAUCCCAAUGAUUCUAGAGCAGCUGAUGGCAUUGCAACAGCAACAAAUUCACCAGCUCCAGCUAAUUGAACAGAUCCGCAGUCAGGUGGCAAUGAUGAAUCGACAGCCGUUACGCCCUUCUCUCAACCCAAUAGUUCCUUCCCAGAAUACUCCUGUGCAAGCUUCUAACCAGCUCCAAGGAUUUGCAGCAAAUUCUGCUCUUCAGCUAACCAUUGUUCCUCCCACAAUGGUGGGACAGGCCAGUAGCAAUCAGUCUUCUGCCUUCGAAGGUUCUCAGCACAUCUCAAGGCCUACAUCUGGAGCAAGCACCCCUAAUAUAGCCAGCAAUGGCUCUUCUGCCCCAGCUGAAUCAAGUGCACCCUCCUCUUCUAAUGCAAUUACAUCAGUCACUCCUGCUUCUGCAUCAAAUACUACUAAUAGUUCUUCACAGCCCCCAAAUGCUUCAACUCCGCCUUCAGUAGGACAUGGAAAUCUCACCUCAGCUUCCAGCCUGCCAAACCCACUUCUACCUCAGAGUUCAUCAAAUAGUGUGAUCUUCCCCAACCCACUGGUUAGCAUUGCUGCAACGGCUAAUGCAUUAGAUCCUCUGUCUGCUCUUAUGAAACACCGCAAAGGAAAGCCACCAAAUGUGUCAGUGUUUGAACCCAAGUCAAGCUCAGAGGAUCCGUUUUUUAAACAUAAAUGUAGAUUUUGUGCCAAGGUCUUUGGAAGUGACAGUGCUUUACAAAUACACCUACGUUCACACACAGGAGAGAGACCUUUUAAAUGUAACAUAUGUGGAAAUCGCUUUUCCACAAAAGGCAAUCUAAAAGUUCACUUUCAGAGGCAUAAGGAGAAAUAUCCCCACAUUCAAAUGAAUCCAUAUCCUGUUCCAGAAUACCUCGACAAUGUGCCCACUUGCUCUGGAAUUCCAUAUGGAAUGUCAUUGCCUCCUGAAAAGCCAGUCACAACGUGGUUGGAUAGUAAGCCCGUGUUACCGACUGUCCCAACUUCUAUUGGGCUACAGCUUCCUCCCACUAUACCCGGUGUUAACAGUUAUGGAGAUUCUCCAAGUAUUACUCCCAUGAGCAGGUCACCCCAGAGACCAUCACCUGCUUCAAGUGAAUGCACUUCUUUAUCUCCAAGCCUAAACAAUUCUGAAUCGGGCAUUCCAGUGUCUGCUGACUCACCACAGCCAGUUCAUAGUGGCUCUUCUCUGACUAAAACUGAUCCCGUCACUCUGCCUCCCACAAACUCAAGGUUAGGAGACCUUACUGUCAGUGGGCAAGUUUGCACAGCUUCCACAGCUUCAAUUCCUACUGCUGUUACAGAUAGCAGCAUUUCAACAAGCCUCCCAAACCCUGUGCUUCCAGCAGUGUCCGACCAGUUCAAGGCAAAGUUUCCAUUUGGUGGUCUGCUAGACUCUAUGCAAACAUCAGAAACCUCAAAACUACAACAGCUAGUAGAGAACAUUGAUAAGAAGAUGACAGAUCCAAAUCAAUGUGUCAUUUGUCACCGUGUGCUUAGUUGUCAGAGUGCUCUCAAGAUGCAUUACAGAACACAUACAGGAGAAAGACCAUUUAAAUGCAAAAUUUGUGGACGUGCCUUUACUACAAAAGGCAAUCUAAAAACACAUUUUGGAGUUCAUCGAGCGAAGCCACCACUAAGAGUACAACAUUCAUGUCCCAUUUGUCAGAAGAAAUUUACAAAUGCUGUUGUUCUUCAGCAACAUAUUCGCAUGCAUAUGGGUGGACAGAUUCCAAACACACCGUUACCAGAGGGCUUCCAAGAUGCAAUGGACUCAGAGCUUUCCUACGAUGAAAAGAAUAUUGAAACACUGAGCAACUACGAUGAUGACAUUGAUGAAAAUUCUAUGGAAGAGGACCCAGAAUUAAAGGACACAGCAAGUGACUCCUCCAAACCACUUCUAUCUUACUCUGGGUCAUGUCCUGCUUCACCACCUUCUGUAAUUUCCAGUAUUGCUGCUCUGGAGAAUCAGAUGAAAAUGAUUGAUUCUGUCAUGAACUGUCAGCAGCUGACCAGUUUAAAAUCCAUAGAAAAUGGAUCAGGUGAAAGUGACCAUUUGAGUAAUGAUUCCUCAUCUGCUGUUGGUGAUCUCGAAAGCCAGAGUGCAGGCAGCCCUGCAAUGUCAGAAUCUUCUUCCUCCAUGCAAGCGUUGUCUCCUGUGAACAGUAAUAGUGAAAGUUUUAGAUCAAAGUCCCCAGGUCUUAGCAACCAGGGAGAACUACAGGACAUACAAUUAAAGACAGAAAAGCCUGAUAGCCCAUCACCUGCUACUGAAAAUGGAGGUGCUUUAGAUCUGACAUCCACCAACCCGGGAAGACCAGUCAUCAAAGAGGAGGCUCCUUUUAGCCUGCUGUUCCUGAACAGAGAACGUGGUCCCAGCCAAAGUACUCCUAGCCUGGUCACCAGCACUGCGCCUACCAUGAUCAAAAUGGAAGUGAAUGGCCACAGCAAGCCGAUCUCACUGGGUGAGGUUCCCUCGCUUCCAGCUGGAAUCCAGGUUCCUGCUGCACCACAGACAGUGAUGAGCCCAGGCAUUACUCCUAUGCUGGCACCUCCGCCACGUCGGACUCCCAAGCAACACAACUGUCAAUCGUGUGGGAAGACCUUCUCCUCAGCAAGUGCACUACAGAUACAUGAACGCACCCAUACUGGUGAAAAGCCAUUUGGUUGCACAAUCUGUGGUAGAGCUUUUACCACAAAAGGGAAUCUUAAGGUUCACAUGGGAACUCAUAUGUGGAAUAAUGCCCCUGCAAGACGUGGUCGUCGACUGUCCGUGGAAAAUCCAAUGGCUUUGUUAGGUGGCGACGCUCUGAAGUUUUCUGAAAUGUUCCAAAAGGAUUUGGCAGCACGGGCAAUGAAUGUUGACCCAAAUUUUUGGAACCAGUAUGCUGCAGCUAUCACUAAUGGACUUGCUAUGAAGAACAAUGAAAUUUCUGUCAUACAGAACGGAGGCAUUCCCCAGCUCCCAAAGUCAAAAGAGUUGCCUGCUAUUUACAUCUGUGUGUAACACUAACAUAGUGAAUGGCAAAGUCAUCAGUGAUAAAAUCAGGUAUGUGCAUAGCUCUAGGAGUACAUUAAACAAACUUGUCAUUCAGGGUUUUUCCUUUAUGUGAAGGUGUGGCAUUUUAGUUAUUUGCAGAGGUAGAGCAGUUGCAGACAUUGAAAUAGGCAUGAGGUCUCAUUCUUAAUCCACUUAAACCAGUUUUGCACCAAUGUAUCCCCACUGAUUUCAGUGGAGUGACUCCUGACUUACAUUGGUGUCUGAAAGAACAGAAUUAGGCCCUUUUGUUUUAUUUUAGAUCUCAUCAAAAUGACAGCUACAUAUAUCUUUAUAUAUAGAAAAUUUCUGGGCAACAAAUUGGUGAAUUUACAAAAGAGGAAAAAAUUGUUUUAGUGAAUCCUACCAGAUUAUAUCAAUUUAAAAGAAGUAUAAUUCUGGACAUAAACAAGAAUGGUUGUGACCUUAAAUCAAUAUAUUAACAAAAUUUGAACAUGAUUAUGAUCCUAUAAGUAUUUGAUGCUUUUUCACUCAAUUGAGGAGAGAAUUGCUAGAUUUUGAAAAUAAGACCAUGAAAAUGAAAGUGUUGCAACUAUUACAUUGGAACACAGCACGUUUUGUGAAAACUUGCUAUAAUGUUACUAUAUGGGGUAGGGAUGUAAGUAACUAGUUGACUACCUGAU